AACUGGAUUCAAUUUUCAACAACCAAUUUGAAAUGGACAAUUUGCAGGUUAUUUCAGAAAUCAACCAUAAUUGAAAAAGUCAUCAACAACGCGCUUCAAAGGAAGUCCAGAUCGUUACAUAAAUACACUACAUACAUACAUGAAUUCAUGAUCCAUCUAUUAAGAAAUGGAUGGGAAAAUCGGGAGCAAGAGCAUGAACUACAAGAUGUUCGGAUGCUUCAAUCGGAAGUUCAAGAUCAGCGAGGCGCAACCGCCGUCGGAAGUCGCGGAUGCUUUCGCAAAGUAUACUGACGGUGACUCUCAUAUGUCGGCUGAUCAGUUCCAUCGCUUUCUCCUUGAGUGUCAAGAAGAAACGCAUUCUACUGUAUCCGAUGCCGAACGGAUCGUUCAUGAAAUUCUUCAUCGACGACAUCAUCUCACCGAGUUUGCUCGCCAUAAUCUCACGCUAGACGAUUUCUUUCAUUAUUUCUUCUUCGAGGAUCUAAACGGACCUAUCAGAUCGCAGGUGCACCAUGACAUGAAUGCUCCAUUGCAACAUUAUUUCAUUUACACAGGACAUAAUUCCUACUUGACUGGAAACCAAUUGAGUAGCGACUGUAGUGAUUUGCCGAUUAUAAAGGCGUUACAAAGGGGAGUUAGAGUAAUAGAAUUGGAUAUAUGGCCUAAUUCUGCAAAAGAUGAUAUUGAUGUUCUUCAUGGAAGGACACUUACUUCUCCAGUGACACUGAUCAAAUGCCUGAGGUCCAUUAAAGAGUAUGCCUUUGUUAGAUCCCCAUAUCCACUGAUUAUAACAUUGGAGGAUCAUCUAACUGCAGACCUUCAGGAAAAAGUUGCACAUAUGAUUACAGAAACUUUUGGCGAGCUAUUGUAUUACAGAGAGUCAGGAUGUUUGGAAGAGUUCCCUUCUCCAGAAGCCUUGAAACAUCGCAUUAUUAUCUCAACCAGGCCUCCAAAAGUUCUCGAAGCUGAACGUCCAAAGGUAAAAGAAAGUAGUGGGGCAGAAAGGGAGUUGGAUGUAUCAUUUUCCAAAAAAGAAAAGGAGUUGGUUGAGGAAGAAGCAGCAUCUGAACCAGAUGUUAAUGACGGGGAUGACAGUGAAGAGGAUGAUGGAGACAUCAACGACUGUGAUAGUAAAGGCUGCAAAACAGGAGCACCUGAAUACAUGCGUCUUAUUGCACUUCAUGCAGGAAAACCCAAGAAUGGGCUUAGAGAAGCUUUAAAAAUUGUAGUAGACAAGGUCAAGCGUCUCAGUUUGAGUGAACAAGCCCUUGAAAGAGCAGCAGAGAAUUAUGGCACUGAUGUUGUGCGGUUUACUCAGAAAAAUUUCCUGAGAAUUUACCCCAAGGGUACCCGUGUAACCUCCUCCAAUUUCAAGCCAAUAACUGCCUGGAUGCAUGGAGGUCAGAUGGUUGCAUUUAAUAUGCAGGGUUAUGGUAAAUCUCUUUCUAUGAUGCAAGGAAUGUUUAGAUCUAAUGGAGGGUGUGGUUAUCUUAAGAAGCCUGAUUUCCUUUUAACAAAACACCCAAAUAACGAUGUAUUUGAUCCAAAAGUUACCCAGCCUGUAAAAAAGAUUUUAAAGGUGAAAGCUUACAUGGGGGAUGGUUGGAGUCAAGAUUUUAGCCCAAGACAUUUUGAUACAUUCUCACCACCAGAUUUCUACACAAAGUUCUACAUAAUAGGAGUUCCAGCAGAUAUAGGAAAGAAGAAAACAAGGAUAAUUGAGGAUGAUUGGGUUCCUGUUUGGAACGAGGAGUUCUCAUUCCCUCUUACGGUUCCAGAGCUAGCAUUGCUUCGGAUUGAGGUUCGGGAACAUGACAGGUCGGAGAAGGAUGAUUUUGGUGGGCAGACAUGUUUGGCCAUAUCUGAGCUGAAACCUGGAAUUCGGGCAGUACCACUUUAUGAUAAGAAGGGUGAGAAGUUUAAAUCUGUUAAACUUCUCAUUGAAUUUCGACUUGAAGUGCAGCAUUCACAUUCACAUCCAGAUCAGGUUACUACAAUUCCUUCAAUUAAUUCGACCACUAGCACUAAAGAGUGAGUGAUUGAGACAAUAAAAUGUCAAUAAAUUUAUUUGUAUUUGUGUUUGAUUAAAUCGCGUGAUUCCAUCUGAAUUCAUGUAAGGAUGAGGAAUAUUACAGAAAAAAUACCAAUUUUUUUUAUUCCCCUCUUGUGAUAUGUUCAUGCACUACUGAGAUUAU